UGACUGCUGAAGACUCAAGGCCCUGCCAGUUGAGUGUGUUAAGGGGCAAACUGCGAGCUGGGUGGGGUAGGGGUCUGCCUGCUUCCCUGUCCGGCCGCCCGCCAGCCUUCCUGGCCGCCUGAUUGCCGAUCCUGCCUGAUCCAGCCGCGGCGGCCACCACCUCCUAGACCGAGGAAGCUGAGCCUCAGGGAGGUGAAGUGACUGCUCCAUAGACACACAGCACCCAGUAGUGGCCUGGAAAUUGCACUGGCCUUGAAGAACCUUCCCUUGGUGUCCACUCCCAGCUUCCCCACUCCUCAAUCAGCAGCAUGGAGUGCCAAGAGAAUCAGUACCGGGACCAGUGGGGACACUGUGUUACUUGCCAACAGUGCGGCCCUGGCCAGGAGCUCUCCAAGGAAUGCGGCUAUGGGGAAGGAGGAGAUGCAUUCUGCACCCCUUGUCCCCCCCGAAGAUAUAAGAGUGGCUGGGGCCACCAUAGCUGCCAAGCCUGUCUAACCUGUGCCGUCAUCAACCGAGUUCAGAAAGUCAACUGCACUGCCACUUCCAAUGGAGUCUGUGGAGACUGUCUCCCCAGGUUCUACUGUAAGACCCGAAUCGGUGGCCUUCAGGACCAGGAGUGCAUCUCAUGCACCAAGCAAACCCCUGUGUCAGAGGUUCAAUGUGCCUUCAGAUUGAGCUCCGUGAAGCUCGAGGUGCCCACAGCGCCCCCUCAGGAAGCUACACUCAUGGUGCUAACAAGCAGUGUGCUAAUUGUUUUUGCCCUGGCCCUCAUAUCCUUCGCCAUCAUCUACUGUAAGCGUUUCAUCAAGCGCCAGUUCCGGCAUGGUUUCAUUGGGUCUCUAGACUUUCAGGGACAGAGAGAACUAUCUCAGGCUUCUGAUUAUGCAGGCCCGUGUCCCAGCAGGGAGCUGGGCAUGAAGAAUUUGGGUCCUGUUGUCGAGCAAAAUGGAGUCUCCGAGGAUUCGGUGCAGUUUGUGGAUGAUAGCCCAGCAUCCAGAACCGAGGGAAAUGAGCGUCUUCGUCACCUACACGCCAACCUUGAGCCUUCCCCCGGGCAGCUGACCUGCAAUCCCACCGAUGCCCAGGUGCUCAUCCAUACCUGCCCGACUUCUGAGGCCCAACCUGAUCCGUUGGGGCACCCCCCGACACUUCCUUCCUGCGCCUCGGAAACACAGUCGUGCUGGGCCCAUGCCCCUGUCGAAUGUACUGAGCUGGACCUUCACAAAUUUUCGAGCUGCAGCCCUUAUACCAGUGCAGAAGGGCACAGGGAAGCUGUCAUCUGGGCCAUGCCAGGGGGCUCCGGAGAUAGAAUGGGAUUCACCCCUUCCUUAUACCACUUAGAGGGAAAGUCUCCUGCACCGGAUUCUUCCUUUAAGGUCUCUUCGGCCAGUGGUGGCCACAUGUCCUGGUAAACUGUCAAGCCACAUAUACUGGACUUCAAGCCCCAGUAUUGAUGACUUAUUCCAUAUCUGCUCUGCAAGUCUGGGGUGGGGGGGCAACUUGGCUCCCCAGGCUAGUCUCCUCCAUUUUCCAAAAACAACUGACAACUAUUUGAAUGGUCUUUCUUGUGUCUGGGCAAGGGGAAGUGGGUGCCGCCACAAGGCUGCUUGAACGUUUCUUGUACUUUUUUUUAAACUAAGUUCCGCAAAAGAACCUGGAAGUUCAGGGGAGGGUGGUAAAAGGAGGGAUUGAGAUUUUCACUAACAAGUCCAACCCUGACCACAAUCCCUCCCCUCCCCCAGCCUCCCAUUUUUUUGAGGUUGGCGAAGGAUCUGAAUUUAGAUGGGUUUGAACAUUCACUUGAAAAACCCCUCAGUAGCUCUUGACUGCCAAAACAGUGGGGGGCCCUGGGAAAAAACAUAUACUUGGCCUUGAGAAGCCCAGGGCCAGAUGGUUUCCAUGAGCCCAGUUGGUCUCCACUGCCCAUCCCCACCAACUCAGGAAGUGCCCAUCUUGUGGGCCUCACCUUCUUGACUCUUUCCGGCCGGCUGGCCGAGACUUGUGCUUGCCUGGUGUUAUUCCCGGCUACUUCUGGGGUCCCCCAUCCACAACUUGGGCCGAAGACAAGUUUUUUUUAUCCCCCCUUGGCUGUUGGAAAAUGGAAGGCCAGAAUCGAGGACUUCAGAAGAGGCACUGGGGGUUGGGGUUGGGGGAUCCCUCAUGGGGCUCAGGGAUCAUAUUUAUGGUGCUUUCCCGAAUUCAGAAGACCUCUUCUGCCUCACGUGUCUUGUCAGUUACAAGAAGAACAGCCGUCUCCCCAAGAUUGGAGUAUCGGCUUGCAAAGGCUGGCCAACCACUGACUUGAACUGUUUUUUCUCCUCUCCCCUUGCGCCCUGUCAGCUCUGACAAGCCUAACAAUUAUUGAGCACCUUCUUUUACAAGGCCCUGUGACUAUUCUGAUGGAUGGAAAUAAUGCAGGGACUUAAUUUAUAUAGGAAGCUGCUCAGAAGCUUAAUAACCCCUGGAAUAUUCAGGUUCUGGCCCCCCAGGGAUGUUGGGGAAAGGAGCAGGAGUUUGGGGGGACUCCCCCUCCCCUAUCCCAGCUGUGCUCCAGAAGCCCCAGGGAGACUGCAUAACACGUUACCAUCAGAACAGGCCCUGAUCCCCAGCAAGCACCCUCUUAACAGAGGCUGGCAACACCACAGGGGCUCCCUUCUUCCUUCUGGUUUGAAUUGCUCAAUCCCUCUCUGUUUUUAGGGAUCUCUGACAUGUGGGGUGUGUGUGUGUGUGUGUAUGUGUGUGUAUUACAUGUGUGUGUGGUAUAUAUACAUAUGUGUGAUGU